AGUGACAUGAAAAAACGAGGUAAUAAUGUUAAAAAAGUAAAAACGACAGACCAUAUAUACACAUUCACGAGAUGUUGACCAUACAAAUUAACAACUGUCUAAUUAUAGAUUGUGUCUCAAGAUCCUUUAAAUAUGGCCAUUUCAAGUGAGGAAGUUAAAAGCUCAAAGCUUGUUUUUGUUUUUGUGAAGUCCCAUCAAACACAAUUUUCUUUCAACUAAUUAUAUUCCUUCAUUUUCUUCUUCUUCUUCUUUCUCAAUUAGAUUGAUAGAUUCUUGUUUUUGUGUAAAAGAAUAAUCAAGAAGAUAUGACUCAACUAGAAAUGGCAGAGCAGAGUGGAAAGAAUGCAAAUCAGAAAGCCAUUGAUGAUUGGCUUCCAAUUACUUCUUCAAGGAAUGCUAAAUGGUGGUAUGCUGCUUUUCAUAAUGUUACUGCCAUGGUUGGUGCUGGUGUUCUUAGCCUUCCUUAUGCCAUGUCCGAGCUUGGAUGGGGACCUGGUUCAGUGAUAAUGAUUCUAUCAUGGAUCAUUACGCUAUAUACGUUAUGGCAAAUGGUGGAGAUGCAUGAGAUGGUACCAGGAAAGAGGUUUGAUAGGUACCACGAGCUAGGCCAACAUGCCUUUGGCGAAAAGCUCGGCCUUUGGAUUGUGGUUCCUCAACAACUAACCGUUGAAAUUGGUGUCAACAUCGUUUACAUGGUCACUGGUGGCAAAUCGUUAAAAAAGUUCCAUGAGACUGUUUGUCCUAGCUGCUCUCAAAUCAAAACCUCUUACUUCAUCGUCAUUUUCGCCUCCCUACAUUUUGUCCUCUCCCACCUCCCCAAUUUCAACUCCAUCUCCGGCGUCUCUCUCGCCGCGGCAGUCAUGUCUCUCAGCUACUCCACCAUUGCUUGGGUUGCUUCCUUGGAGAAAGGGGUGCAGCCCAAUGUGGACUAUAGCUACAAAGCAAGUAGCACAUCAGAAGGUGUUUUUCACUUCUUGAGUGGAUUGGGGGAAGUGGCUUUUGCUUUUGCUGGUCAUAACGUUGUUUUGGAGAUCCAAGCUACCAUUCCUUCCACCCCUGAAAAGCCUUCCAAAGGCCCCAUGUGGAAAGGAGUCAUUUUGGCUUACUUGGUUGUGGCUCUAUGUUACUUCCCUGUUGCCUUUAUUGGCUAUUGGGUCUUCGGUAACACAGUUGAAGACAACAUCCUAAUUUCUCUUGAGAAACCUGCUUGGCUCAUUGCCACUGCCAACAUGUUUGUCGUCAUCCACGUCAUUGGCAGCUAUCAGAUCUAUGCUAUGCCAGUGUUUGACAUGAUCGAGACCUUGUUAGUGAAAAGAUUGAAAUUCAAACCUUGUUUCCGACUUCGAUUCAUCACUCGAAGUUUAUACGUCGCCUUUACAAUGCUUGUGGGUAUAGCUGUUCCUUUCUUUGGUGGCCUUCUUGGUUUCUUUGGAGGCCUUGCUUUUGCUCCCACUACUUACUUUCUCCCUUGCACCAUGUGGUUGGCCAUUUGUAAGCCCAGGAGAUUCAGCCUAUCUUGGAUCACAAAUUGGAUAUGCAUUGUGUUUGGAGUUUUGCUGAUGGUUCUAUCGCCCAUCGGAGGGUUGAGAACGCUCAUCCUUUCAGCCAAGAAUUACCGAUUCUUCUCAUAGAAACAAAAUCACUAGAAGUUGCAAUACUAUUUAUCAAAUUUUGCAAACUAAAUUUAUACCACAGAAAUCUCAGUGGCUAUAUUAAAUAAAUCAACAAUUCUGUUCUUUCUAUGAAGUGCCAAGAAAAUGUAUGAAGUUUAGAAUAAUUUCAAAAGAAGAAGAAAAAAAAAAAAAGAAUUAAAUUUGUAUUUUCCACCUUACUUAUUGGAAGCUUUUUAUUUCAAUAGGUUGGAAAUACUAAUAGGGUUAUUGUAUUAUGUUUGAUUAUGUGUGCAAUGUAAUUCCAAUUAAUUCAUUACCUUUUCUUUUA